AUGUCAGUUAGUUUCGUUUUAAGCGUCACUGAGAUCACAGAAGCCAACAUGAAGUUCGCCGUUGUCGUAGUCCUGUUCGCUUUGGCCUAUGGAGUCAACAGUUCGGUGGUGCCGCUCCUGACCUCCAUCCACGGAGGAGUGGUGAUUGGAGCUCCCGCCGUCGCCGGUUCGGUGGCCAUUCAGGCAUCGGCCGUUCCCGUUGGCGUUCCCGCUGCCGUUCCCGUUGCCCUGUCUCCGGCCGGACCCGUGCUCAUCCAAUCCGGUCCAGCGGUGGUUGCCGCUCCCGUUCCCGCCGUGGUGGCUGCCCAUGCUCCCGCCGUGGUUGCCGUCGCCGCUCCGGAGGCCAGCUAUGUGGCCAAGACCCGUGGAGCCGUCCAUGUGGCUCCUCUGCCCGGACAUGUGCAGUCUGCCGCCUCCGUGAACCUGGAACCCGCACCAGGCACCUGGUAAUCAACUGGAAAACGCCAUGAGUUACCCCCACUUCGAUCUUGACUCCAUUCUACUCGCAUCUGUACCACAUUCUUUGGCUUUUUUUAGUUCUUUUCACUCUUGAGAUUCUUAUUUCUUCAACAAUCUAAGUCAAUCCUAUCCAGUCUAUCGCUUUCCGCUUUAUUCUCUGGUCUAUAUUUAUCCACCCCACUGUUGUCAUAUGGAAAUUUGUUUCUUUUGAAUAAAAAAUGUUAUCAAAACAAA